UCCUCAGUUGCUAAGUAACCUCUGCGGGGGGGCGGCUGCUACGUCUGUGGAUGCUGACAGAGCAGCAGCAGCAGCAGUAUAUCAAACCGAGCCGUGCCAGAACCAAAACAGCUUUGACAGGCAGGAUGGACGAAGGCACCGAGUUGUCUCUGACCAUCGCUCACAUCGUCCAGCGGCUCAAAGGAAGCCAUUUACACUCUCAGAUAGAGAGACAAGCCAAAGAGUGUUUACAUCAACCUGAGAUAAAAUUGGAGUCUCUAAGAGAGGACGUACGCAGCUUUCUCAAAACAUCAGGCUGGGAAAGAAAGCUACAGAAUGCAGUGUACAGAGAACUACAUAUCCAGCUGCCCCCGAGCCAUCCCACAGCUCCUCCAGAGCAUCUCAAAGAGCCGCUGGCCUACAUGCGCAAAGCACAGGCCAGCUGGGAGAAGCGUGUCUUCAAAAGCCUGAACAGCAUGAGUACAGAGCUUGGAGUGCCUUUGGCUCGCAUGAGGCCUGCAGUGGAGCAGAAAGAGCUCGCCAACAAAUGGAACGAGAUGGGAACAGAUGAACCAGAUUUAAGUCGCUUUAGGCCUGUCUAUGCCCCCAAAGACUUUCUGGAGGUUUUAAUUAGUUUGCGGAACCCCAACCAUGACGGCAGUGAGGACGUCAGCGCCAGGAGCCACUGGGGUCUCAUCCAGGUCCCCCUCAAUGUCAGGGACAUCCCCCAGCUGAGACAGGCCUAUUCCGAGCUGAAUCUGACCACUGGGCAGCUGGGGAUUGACGACCACGCACACAUCCACCCAGACUUGUUUGAAAGCGAGUAUGUUCAAAUCGGGAAGAAGGUGGUUGUGGAGCAGGACAGUGCAGCAGCGCAGCAGUACAGCAGGCAGGGCUGCUCCACCGGGCUCCGGGCAGACCUGUGGGCCCUCAUCCUUAACUCCACCAACCAGCCACAGGAUGUGAUGCACUAUGAGCAGCUAAAGGCUGGAGUCAUACAGCAUGACCUGCUGGUAGACAACCUUAUCUAUAAGGAUGUGAAGCUCACCGCCAGUAAUGAUGACUACUACUUUGUGUUUGAAGAUUUCCUCUAUCAGGUGCUGCUGUGUUUCUCUCGAGACACCGCUGUCUUGGAGCACUUCAAGUACAACAGUGCCACUCCUCCCAAAUCCUACAUCCAGGGGAAAGUGGGAGAUGAGGAGUGUGCUGUUGUUUAUCCUCCCAAUGGUGUAAUCCCUUUUCAUGGAUUUUCAAUGUAUGUGGCACCAUUGUGUUUCUUAUACAAUGAGCCGUCCAAAUUAUACAGCGUUUUCAGGGAAAUGUACACUCGCUACUUCUUCCGAUUGCACUCCAUCUCCUCCUCUCCCUCGGGUAUAGUGUCUUUGUGCCUGCAGUUUGAGCGCUUGCUCCAGACUCACCUGCCGCAGCUGUUUUACCAUCUUCGACAGAUCGGUGCACAGCCGUUGCGUAUAGCCUUUAAAUGGAUGGUACGGGCCUUUUCUGGCUACCUUUCCACUGAUCAGCUGCUGCUUCUUUGGGAUCGAAUCCUUGGAUAUGAUUCAUUGGAAGUAGUUGCGGUUCUAGCAGCUGCUGUAUUUGCCUUCCGCGCUGAGAACCUGAUGGAAGUGACGUCACUGGCCUCAGCUGAGGCUGUCCUCGCUGACCUUUCAACUCUGAAGGUCAUGCCACUCAUCCAGAUCUUUCUGUUUGCCACCGCCAUCUGAAGAAUGCUGCGACGACGAUAUCGGUCGUGGCUCGUACAUACAACCAGGAGGAUUGAGUGACGCUAGAAAAAUGCCAUAAUCACACUAAAAUGACUAAUCACCUAUUUGGGAUACAAAGAAGUAGCACAUUUCAUCUUGCACUGGUUCAAGCAAAAAUCCAAACCCAUCGUUAGCAUGUAUGCACCAUAAAUAGUGAAUAUCCUAUAUCAUGUUAUUAGAUAUUAUAAAGUAUGUAAGUAUAGCCUAUAGACCGGGAAGGCUAAGCUAGCAUCCUCAAGCCAUAUGCUCUGCAGGGAAGCUGAUUCGCACAGCUGAGGAGCUCAUUAGGAGACGAGUUGCAUGAAGCAGUAAUUGUAUUGCGAUAGCAUUAUGCAAGAGAGAACAAUGGUAAUGUUUCCAAGCUUGGCUAAUGAAGUGUUAAUUAGCUCUUGCUAUUUAUUCUACUCUUUGGCUCCUGCUUGUUAUAACGCUAUUAGAUAAUGUCGUUGCUGAUGACUGCGAAGAUUGGAAGCACUGGUCUGCACCAGCGUGUUGAAAGAAAUAGUGGAAAAGCCACAAAGUGAAUUAUACUGUUACUUAUAUAGUCAGAAGCUGAACAUACACAGUUUAUUGUGUUUAUGAAGGAAUGGCUUAUUACUGCACUCUUAAGGGACAUUUAGCACCUUCGGUGCCAAUAUUUAUUUUAUACCAUUGUGAACAUUUUAUGGUUAGCUUUUAACUUUAAAACGUGUAUUUAAUUCUUGAAUGUUUUCACUUGUUCUGUAAUGUUUUAAAAUACCUCAUAUGUUGCUUUUGAUUUAGAUGGAUGCAGAUCUUUUUAUUUACUAUUUUAUUGCCGACAGUAUUCUUUACCAGUCAAUGUGAAUGUCAUACGUUGGUUUCCCUGCAGCCUAAAUUAACACGUUUUAAAUAAAAAUAUGUUUUGUUGAA